AGCUUUAUAUAUGUAAACCGCGAGCAAACCUGGGACGAGGCUGAGCGACGGCGACUGUUAUUCAACUCCAGUACCAGCUUCGAUCCUCCUCCAAGUCUCCUCCUUUACUCGCUGUUGUCUCCAUUUCUUUCAUCGCCGCCUUCUUCUACUCCCACAGUGGGGAGAUUGUUUUCGAGUCAUAUUCCAAGAUAAUUGUGAAGCUCAUUUGGAGGUUUUUGAAUUCGGGAGUGUCGAUUUGUUACGGGAGCUAUGGGUGUGCAGAGCAAGCUCCGUCUGAUUACGUAUUCGGAGGAGAUAGUAGAUGGGAAACCAAUCUAUGUUUCUUCCAACGGGCUGCCGGUGAAGGCUGUUGGGAAGGAGCCGGCUGGGCAUUCUUUCCAUGCGGUGGCUCUGAAGAUGCGUGGUUGGGUUGAGGAGGUUGCGAGCCCUGAAGAUGUGAAGGUGGCUGAUAAGGAGCAGACGUCUCUGCCGUCGUUUGAUUCAUAUAGCAGCAGCAAAGGAAAAAAGAAGUCGGGUGGUGAAGGGAAGCAACAGCAGGAUCACUAUGCGUUGCUGGGUUUGAGUCAUUUGAGGUAUCUUGCCACAGAGGAGCAGAUAAGGAAAAGCUACCGUGAGACUGCUUUGAAGUUUCAUCCUGACAAGCAGGCCUCCCUUCUUCUUGCGGAGGAAACUGAAGAUGCUAAGCAGACUAAGAAGGACGAGAUAGAGACCCACUUUAAGUCCAUUCAGGAAGCGUAUGAGGUUUUGAUUGACCCUGUGAAGAGAAGAAUUUAUGACUCCACUGAUGAGUUUGAUGAUGAUACCCCCACUGAAUGUGCCCCGCAGGACUUUUUCAAGGUGUUUGGUCCUGCUUUUAUGAGGAACGGGCGGUGGUCGGUUAACCAACCAAUCCCAUUUUUAGGGGAUGAUAAUACUUCAUUGAAGGAAGUGGAUGAUUUUUAUAACUUUUGGUACAGCUUCAAAAGCUGGAGAGAGUUCCCGCACGAGGACGAGUAUGAUCUUGAACAAGCUGAAUCACGUGAUCAUAAGAGGUGGAUGGAAAGGCAAAAUGCAAAGGUUACAGAAAAGGCCAGAAAGGAGGAGUAUGCGAGGAUACGUAAUCUUGUUGAUAAUGCCUACAAAAGAGACCCGAGGAUUGCGAAAAGAAAGGAAACAGAGAAAGCUGAGAAGCAGAAGAAAAAGCAGGCCAAGUAUCUGGCCAAGAAAUUACAGGAGGAGGAAGCAGCGAGGGCGGCUGAAGAGGAGAAGCGAAGGAAAGAGGAGGAGGAAAAGCGAGCUGCAGAAGCUGCGUCGCAGCAGAAAAAACUAAGAGAGAAAGAGAAAAAACUGUUGCGCAAGGAGCGGAGUCGUCUGCGAACACUCUCUGGGCCUGUUAUAUCGCAGCGUUUGCUCAAUAUUGCUGAGGAUGAUGUGGAGAGCCUUUGUUCGUCUCUUAAUCUUGAGCAGCUUAGGAGUAUAUGUGACAGGAUGGAGAGCAAAGCAGGGGUGGAGCUUGCAAAAGUUCUCAGAGAUGCACAUGGUGGAGAUAACAAUGAUGUAGAGGGAAAUAAAGAAGAGGAGAAGAAGAUGACUCCACAACAGAAUGGUUCUGUGGUGAGUAAUGGUGUUGUUCAGUUAAGUAGCUAUGAGAAGAAGGAGAAACCAUGGAACAAAGAAGAGAUUGAGCUUUUGAGGAAAGCAAUGGUGAAAUUUCCAAAAGGUACAUCUCGAAGGUGGGAGGUUGUUUCGGACUUCAUUGGUACUGGGAGAUCUGUUGAAGAAAUUCUGAAGGCAACCAAAACGGUCCUGCUCCAGAAACCUGAUUCUAGCAAAGCUUUUGAUUCUUUUCUCGAAAAGAGGAAACCUGCACCAACUAUUGCCUCACCACUUACAACAAGAGUGGAAGUAGAAGGGGUAUCAUCGACUCCUCGGGAAACUGAAAACAGUGCUGGCAAGAGCGACAAGGCAGAAGACAAGUCCGGAGAGUCGCCGAGUGGAAGUGCAAAAGACCAGAGUCCUAAUGAUCCAAAUGCUGCCAAUGGAUUACCGUCGAGCUCAGAGCAAGACGUGUGGUCAGCUGUACAAGAAAGGGCACUAGUUCAGGCUCUGAAAACUUUUCCAAAGGAAGCCAGUCAGCGGUGGGAGAGAGUUGCUGCUGCUGUACCUGGGAAGAGUGUGAACCAAUGCAAGAAGAAGUUUUCGUUGCUGAAGGAGAGCUUCAGAAACAAGAAGACUUCUGCUUAAUUUGCUGGGAUUUUUCUUGCUGAUGAUGCAGAUUACUAAGUUGCAUGUGGAAAUCAUUUAGAGUAUCUCAUACCUAAUUCUUUUUAGGCAGAGACCUUUCAAGCUUUGUGUCAGGUAAAGAUUGAGAGCAUUACUGGGUUUCUGCCGCCUGGAUUUUGCCAUACAGGUCUAAUAGCUAUUUGGAAGAGGGGUUAUGUUUUGUAUUACUUUUCUGAGCAUGUUUUAUUUAAUGUAUCCGGGGUUCACUGCGUUGCGAGAUCUGAGAUCUCAAGAUGCAUGAAUAUGGGAAGAGCAUUUUGAUGGAGAUUAGCUGAUGUUUCAUUUUAGGGAUGGAGUGCAUCUCAUUAGCAUCGUUUUAUUGUUAAUCAGAUUUACAUAUCUACUA